UCGGGAAGCUAAUAACGAGACAACCGGAAGUGUACGUUCCUCCUACAAGCAGCUAACAGCUAGCACUGUUGUGGAAAUAGCCUCCAAUUUAAUUAUUCCAACGUUUCGUUCUCUGCGUUGGGUUUCCAGCAAAAGUAACAAUGUCCGAAAGAAAAGUAUUAAAUAAAUACUACCCCCCGGAUUUCGAUCCAUCCAAAAUCCCCAAACUUAAACUCCCUAAAGAUCGUCAGUAUGUUGUCAGAUUGAUGGCUCCAUUCAACAUGAGGUGUAAAACAUGUGGCGAGUACAUCUACAAGGGGAAGAAGUUCAAUGCACGCAAAGAAACUGUUCAGAAUGAGCUGUACAUGGGACUUCCCAUCUUCCGUUUCUACAUCAAAUGUACUCGAUGCCUUGCUGAGAUUACUUUUAAGACUGACCCAGAGAACACAGACUAUGCAAUGGAGCACGGCGCCACAAGAAACUUCCAAGCAGAGAAACUGAUUGAGGAGGAGGAGAAGAGAGUCGUACAGGAGAGGGAAGAAGAGGAACUGAACAACCCCAUGAAGGUGUUGGAGAACCGCACAAAGGAUUCUAAGAUGGAGAUGGAGGUUCUGGAGAACCUGCAGGAGCUGAAGGAGCUGAACCAGAGGCAGGCUCAGGUGGACUUUGAGGGAAUGAUCGACAAGUACAGAGAGCUGGAGAAGAGAGAGAAGGAGAGGGAGAAAGAAGAGGAUGAGCGAGAGACAAAAGAGAUGUUGGAUCGUGCCCUUGUGAAAAGACUCAGAGACUCUGACUCUGAUUCAGAGAGGGAAGAGGAGAGCAGCAGCUCGCAGUCAAAGAAACCCAUCACAGACAAACCAACAGACAUCCUCACUACCGUCAAACCCACAGAGGCACAGGGAACCUCAGCUGUAGCAGUGAAGAAGGCCAAAGUGGAGAGCUGGGAGAGGAGUGUGGGGACGCUGGGCAGUAAAGGGGCACUGGGGUCUCUGGUCGUGCGAAAGAAACCAGCAGCGGGUGUCAACAAACCCAGACCAGUGGCAGCAGCUGCUGCUCCCACUUCACAAACAGAUUCAAAGGCGUCCACGGCAGACUCCAACAAUGCCUCCAAGCCUGUUACCACACAAAAUGGGUCAUCUUCUCUAAGCCUGCUGGGGGCGUAUUCAGACAGUGACAGCAAUGACAGCGAAUGAAUAAAAGAUGCUUGGGAUGGUUUUUGAUUUGAGUGACUGACACACAAUUGUAUAAAUGAUGCUUGAAGGCAUAUGAUGAUAUGGACCAUUUUAUAAUGUUGCACGGAAAUCAAAAUCACGUGUAAACCAGUUUGUGGGUCUAAUCUAUAAAAAAACCUUCCUCUAAAGAAGUGACUGAUGAAAAGUCAAUGUGUUGGUGGUCAUUAGCAGGAAUUUUUAGUCUGCUGUUCAAACCCAUCUUAUCCACCGGUUCAUGGACCUUCUGAGAAUUUUACCUUGAAUAAAUUGAAAUGUUUGAUUUUCUUUUGAGUCAAAACUGCCCUGUGAAAAUAUCAGGUGUAUAUUUUACUGUUUAUUAAAAUCUGUUUAACUUCAA